GUCAUUGGGCCCUGACAGGUGACCCUGCCUCCUUCACAAUGGAAUAGAACAUGGAACCCUGAUAGCAGGCCACGGUAACUCACAGUUGGCUCAAGCCAGCUCACUUGGCCUGUGACUCAGGAACCAGAAACAUGUUCUUGUGCUGUAUUUGCAGGUCUCGAGACUCUGGUCUCAGCCAAGAGAAGUAUGGGUGCCUCAGUCAAAGCUGUAGACACUGGAUCAGUGGCAAGCCACGAACCAACCAUCUCAGAGAUUUGUCCAAAAAGAAACCUAGGAAAUCACAAGGCAACUCAGGCAAGUGUGCUAAUGUGUCAGCCCUGACCCUGAAUGUGCCAUGCGAUAUAUGGAGCCCGGAGGCAGGCCUGCUGGGCAUGCUGGUGAUGAACCUGGUCCCUGCCUACCAGAAAGGCGAUCUCUUCUAUGUUGGAAACUUCCUCCACAAUUAUAGACAGUGGGGGACAAUGGAGCAAGUGCUGGAUAUUGUGUUCAAAAAGUACAGAUUCCCGGGCCGUAACUCCCAGGAAGAUGAACAAGUAAAGAACACCCUUUGUUCCAUCUUCAUCAUGUGGAUGGACUGCUACCCUGCAGAUUUCCGAGAGCCCCUGAACCGACACCCGUUGAAAGAACUUACCCACUAUGCCAUGCUCCACAUCCCUCCUCAGAUCUGGUCCUCCAUUUCCACAUUCAUCUGGAUGAGCUGGAGGAGACCGGGAAGAAGGAGACCAAGAAACAGAGGAAGAAGUCCCUGUGUGGUCACCUCAGAGCUUGUUUUGGCUGCCAUAGAGCAGCUUCUCCUGACCUGCCAAGAAAGUUGCCCUUGGUGAUGUCAGGGAUGGUGAUGGAUGGAGAUCUGGAGCCAUCACUGGACUCCACAAAGCAUGUGCAUGUAGAGGGGUUGGAUGCAUUUGCAGUCAGGCCCCAAAAGGUUGUGAGUCCUGUGGAUAAGACACUGGUUCUGAACCCCACAUGUGACAGAGCUGAACUUGUAGGGACCCCAAAGAAAGAAGAAAGUAAUAGUGAUUGUCUUCCUCUGACUUUCACAGGCGGCCCAGAUCAGCUCAUAAAGGGUCAAAUCAGCACUCCUCCUGGUGUGCUGGAGGGAGUAGCACACGUGGGGCUGAUGGAAAAUGUCCCCAGUCUGUGUUCAGGGGAACCAAUAAGUGAGGUCCCAAAGUUAGAUGCAGCUCAGGAAAGUGAAUCGGUCCUCAAAAAAUAUGUGGACAAAUCAGUCCUGCUGCAGCAGAACCAAUCUCCAACAGAGAAAUUAGAAUCUGCCUCUCUGGCAAUUGCAGGAGCAACUCCAAUCUUUCAUGAGGAGGUAGAUCCCUUGGAGGAUUCUGAGGCAGAAUUUAUGUUUGAAGGCAAAUUAGAAGCCAACCUAGACUUAGAGCUUCCCUCCCCUCUCCCUGGGUAUAUCUGUCUUUUUCUUUUUGUCCUGAUUGUUGUAAAAUGUUCAUUCUUUUUAUUCUUCUAAAUUUAUUAAAUAUAUAUGUUUAUGUUUUACAAUUUAUGGAGGCUAAAUGCUGUGGUUUGUUUUCUUAUACAUUCUGAUGUCCCAGACACAUGAGUCCUGAGUAAAGGCAAAAUAGUGACCUGGAGCUGUCCAAGAGCACUUACUGGCUAUGAAGGGAACUGUUCAGUGCACUGUAGGGGCAAGGAACCCA